AGUAAGCCGAGAGAGAGAGAGAGAGAGAGAGGAGGAGGUAGCGGCGGGGGGAUUUUGGGUUCGUUAUGGUGGUCUUGAAAGGAAUGGAACCCUAAUCUCCCACCAGAGAACUCCAUUAUGAUCGCGAUCUAAUCCAGCAGGGGAGAAAAAGGAUUGCUAUCUACUGAAGCUGGUUUUCUAUAUUCAUGUUUGUAUAAUGCUUUAUAGCUGAUUUGAGCAGAUAAUAAUUUGUUGAGAUAUCAAAGGUUGUUUUUAGGAUAAGGAGAAAGUUGAUGAAGGUGUAGAUGAAAUGUCAACAUCUGAAGAAGGUGCUCGUAAUGAGACUGCUGUGCCUCAUGUGUCACCAACUUCUAUCAUCACAAAUACCAACGAAAUGGAUAGAUCGGGAAAGAAUACCAAUGUCAUGAAUGGAUCAAUUGAAAGUGCCAGUAGCACAGAUGGAUCACUUGCUCCAGGGGCAUCUUACAAUUCACAAGCAGAACCAAAAGUUGGUAUGGUGUUCUAUUCAGAAGACCAAGCAUACAGUUUCUAUAACUCAUAUGCUAAGAGAAAAGGUUUUAGUGUUCGAAAAGACCAUCUUUCUCGAAGAAGAGAUGGGAGUAUACGGUAUAGACAUUAUGUGUGCAGCAAUGAAGGUAGCCGUCUAGCCCCUCGUGUGCAUAUGGCUAGGAAAUCACGUCCAAUUGAGAGAACAAACUGUUUGGCCCGUAUUGAAUUUAAAGUCAAUAAUAAUAAUGUGUGGGUGGUGAAUAAAUUUAUUGAUGAACACAAUCAUCCUCUUGCAAGCCCAAAUAAUUCGCACAUGUUAAGGUCUCAUAGAAAGAAAUUGCCUGUUCAACGUGCAGUACUUACUAAAUUGGAUGGUCAUGGAGUAAAAGCUGCUCAAUUACAUAAUUUUCAGGCGGAGGCAAUGCAUUGUACGGAAGAUGCUGGAUUUGUUUUAAGGAACCAAUGCUACGGUUUGAACACGGACAGGACGAGAGAACUUGAGAAGGGAGAUGCACAGUUCCUUUUAGAAUUUCUGAAAGCUAAGCAGUCUGAGAACCCAUCGUUUUUUUAUGCUGUACAACUUGAUGGCAAAGAACGAUUGACUAACUGCUUUUGGGCGGAUGCACAGUCAGUUAUUGAUUAUGCCUAUUUUGGUGAUGCGGUCACAUUUGACACAACUUAUCGGGCUAGUGGGUAUGAUAUACCUUUUGCACCAUUUAUUGGCAUAAAUAAUCAUAAACAAAUUGUUAUAUUCGGUGCUGCAUUAUUAUUAGAUGAAUCUGUAGAAUCUUUUGUCUGGUUAUUUAAGACUUUUUUGGCCACAAUGUCUGGAAAGCAGCCUAAGACAAUUUUUACUGAUCAGUGUCUUGCAAUGUCAAAGGCGAUAACUAUGUGUUUACCCAACACUUGUCAUCGGUUUUGUUUAUGGCAUAUACUUCAAAAUGCUCAAAUACAUCUUCCCAGUGUCUACACUUCUGAACCUCACUUUCAGAAGGAGUUUGAAAAACUGCAUCUACGCUAGUGGCUUAGAAGAUGAUUUCCAUAAAGAAUGGGACAACUUGAUCACUAAGUAUGGUCUUGAAAGCAACCCAUGGUUAGAGGAUUUGUAUGCAGUACGAGAGCAGUGGGCUCUGGUAUAUCAUGGUAAUUCAUUUUCUGCUACCAUGAUAACAAAGCAGUGGGCUGAAAACAUGGACAGUCUCUUUAAGACUCAUUUUUAUAGGAAAUUGCCUCUCGCCAAGUUCAUUAUACAGUAUUUGAAGGCAGUGGUUCAACUUCGUGAUGAGGAACUUCUUGAAGAUUAUGAAUCACGGCAUACUAAACCAGUUUUAUUCGUCGAAAUACCUAUGCUAAUUGAAGCAGCAGAAUCAUAUACAAGGAUGGUGUAUGAGGAUUUUGAAUACGAGUACAAGAGCCAACUUGCUUGUCUUUGCGAACCUGUUGGUAUGGAUGGAACUGUAUACACUUUCAGAGUUUAUAUGCCCCAAAAGCAGUGUUAUGGGCUUGUGGAAUUCAAUCCAUCUGAUGUUAUAGUGACAUGCAGUUGUAAAAAGUUUGAGUCCAUGGGCAUCCUAUGCAUGCAUGCCUUGAAAGUUCUUAACAACAACAAUAUCCUUGAUCUUCCAUCUCAGUACAUACUGAGGAGGUGGACAAAGGAUGCAAAAGAUGAGGCAGUGUCUAGCAGACAUCAAUCAGUGGUUGCUUAUGGUAAUCAAGCACCUUUGACAUUGCGAUAUAAUCAUGUUUGCCAUAAGGCAAUUGCUAUUGCAGUGAAGAGUGCAGUAUCUAAAGAUGCACUUGAUAUUCUGGAGCAUGGAUUUGAUAGAUUUAUAGCAGAAAUGGAGAAAGUGUUGCAUAAUGAUUCAACAAGGAAACAAACAGAAGAUGUGAAUGUUGUUAAUAGUAUGCCACAGAACCCUUUAGAACAAAUCAGAUUUGUUUUCACUCUUUUGACUUUGGCGCAAAAUGAGCUUAGCCUGUACAGUUCAUCUCUGGUUGUUCCUGUUAAGUGCAAAUUUCCCCUUCUAUCUUACGUGUCACAUGCAGCACACUCAUUUUAUCUCUGGAUUAUUUAAGUGGCUGCAUGCUAAUUGUAAACUUAAUUGAGCUGACUCUGUUUUUCGUAGUACAGGAUGCUUCUUUCUUGUAA